GGGUCAAGUAGAAUUUUUAUGAAUGGAAAAUUGGAAAAAACAAUACAAAGGGAAAUUAUUGAAGUGUAUUUAAGCAAAUGAGCUUGCACAUGUUCUUUAAUUUUCACAUUUAGUUGCAUAGAAUGGCUACUUCUAUACAUGAAAGUAUUCCUUUGAAACAAGUAGAUGAUGGCGGUUAUCAAAGCGAAUUACACUCCCGAAAUUCGUCAAUUGAUAACAAUUCUACAAAAGUUGAAAUGAAACCACCCCCUGAAGGCAAAGACGAAGAGGAAAGCCCAAGAACUCUGAUUGAAGAUGAAACUGAGAGUAGUUCCAAUACCAGUGUUUCAAACAAAUUCCAAUCUCGACGUGACGUUACAAAAGGAUUAUAUGACGUUGCCUUACUGAUGGCAAACGUAUCUCAGCUGAGAUCAGUCUUAGAUUCUACGGAUAAUAAAUACUAUAUGGCCCUUGUUGGUCUCCUUAUUGCCUCUAUAUCGUUCCACCUGAUAAGUGCUUUUUUGCUCUAUGCUUUGCUUAUAGUAGAGAAACAAGCUCAGAACAAACGACAGCAUGCAAAUGAGAACAAAACUAAAUCGCAAUCAACCGUGAAUCAAACAUCAUCUAACGUCAGUGCAAAAUCUGCAGUAUGUACAAACUGUUUUGCAGAUAUACCGAGCUGUUGCUGUUGGAAAAUAUACAAAAUUGAUAUAGUAGCAACAGUUUGUGUAAUUGCAGUAACAAUUCUCAAUGUUUUUAUUACAGCGUUUGGAAGCAGUAUUAAAUCAUAAUUUACAAAUGA